UUUUGCGAGAGCUAAGAGGGCAUACAUGGAGUAUGUUAACGAGUUUGACACCCUUUCUGCCUCUAGCGUCACAUGGCAGCCAUACAACGCACCUGAGUAUGCUGGGAUGAUCUUUAGUGAAGUAUGCAGCAGUGAAGAUGAACUCUAUAUGAUGCAAUGUCCUUUGGUCUGUUUCUGGUGUGUUGAGUGGCACCUACCUCACAGGGUUCAGAGACAGUUUGGUAGGAACCAGCUAUGGCCGGUUGAAGAUGUUCCUACUUCAAAGGAGCUACACAAAUUUGACCGGCGGAAGCAAAAGAAGAUAACGGACUUUCGUCAACAUCAUCUGAUAUUUAUAAAUGAUUGGGAAUCGGGUGCUGAGAAUGUAUAUUCCAACGAUGAGUUGCACAACAACAGUGAUUACAGGCGGUACCAAGCUUGGUACCAGGGUGCGACUCGUUGUAAGCUUCGCCAGCAGUGGACAGUGGAAGACUACGCCGACAUUGAUUCUUCUGACGAUGAAGAAACGGAGUAUGACCUGUCCACUAGACUGGGAACCCAAGUGGAGGCGGCACCCAUAUUAGAUCGAGUGGGUAACACAUUGCGACGGUCGGUAGAGGACAUUGAUCGCCAACUUUUGACUGUGGGCGACAGCAGCAUGCGCAGCUUCUUGCAGCGUUUAUCUAGGCGCCUACGUGGAGCUGCUGCUCGCUGUGGCUGCAGGACUACUGUUGCACAUGACGUCCAUGUACCAUCGUGUACCGACACAGCAACACCCUCCACAGGUCUUGGUGCUGGCUUCGACUACGAUCACGACGAGAUAGGACCUUCACAGCUUCAGGGGGCUCCUUCGACACAGCCAUUACAACCACAAGAUCGUAGGCGACACCGCUCUCCACAACGUUACACUCCAGGCACCGACGCUUUAGGCAAGGGUAAGACUAGGAGACGUUGAAUUGGUUUGGACUCUAUGGACUUGUUAUGUAACGUAUGAAUUAUAUAGACUUGUAAUGGACUCAUUUGGCCUCUACGGGCUUGUAUGACAUUUUAAUGGACUUGUAUGAAUUCUAUGGACUUGUAAUGCACUUGUUUAGACUUUUAUGAGCUUGCUUGGAAUUGUUUACAAUUGUAUGCACUUGUAUGUUAUGCUUAUCUAUGUGUAUAUGUUGGAUUGACAAAAAACAGAGAAAACUCUGC